GGAGCGGGCCCGGAGGGCGGGCGGGGGCCGUCUCAGGCGCGCCCUCCCCGGCAGUGGCCCAGCGCGCCGUGUGUCCCCGGAGGAGCGCGCCGCUCCCGGCCCGACCGCGGUUCCUUUAACCCUGGAAAGGGAGCGGGGCGGAGGGGGCGGCGGGGCCGCUCAGAGGAGGGCUCUUUCUUUCUUCUUUUUUUGAAUGAACCGUGACGUACUACAGGAAACCAGUCGGUUCGAGCGGAGAAUGAAGUUCAUUUGCAAGUUUCAUAGCAGCUAUCGCCGGGAGUUCUGAAGAUCGAUGGGGUCUUUGCCUUACGCAUUUGUUUUGUCUUCACAAAAAAGGAAACUUGACAGAAGAUCAUGCCGUCCUUAAAAAAUACAAGAUCACGGAGGAAGUAGACUGAUAUUGACAAUAAUUAAUAAUAAUGUGCCUCAUGAAAUAAAGAUCCGAAAGGAAUUGAAAUAAAAAUUUCCUGCACCUCAUGCCAAGAGGGAAACACCAGAAUCAAAUGUUCCGCGUGACUGAAGACACCCCCUCAUCCAAGAAUGCACAGCACAUCCAAUAAAAUAGCUGGAUUAUAACUAUUCUUCUUUUUUUCGGGGACGUGGGGCGGGGGCGGGAGCGAGAGGUGCUACUGGUACCCGGCUGCUUUUCUCUGCUUUUCCUCGGGGGAAGGAUGGCGCACGCUGGGAGAACAGGGUAUGAUAACCGGGAGAUAGUGAUGAAGUACAUCCACUAUAAGCUGUCUCAGAGGGGCUACGAAUGGGAUGCCGGAGACGCGGGCGCCGCGCCCCCAGGGGCCACCCCGGCGUCGGGCAUCUUCUCCUCCCAGCCCGGGCGCCCCCCAGCGCCCGCCAGGACCUCGCCGCCGCCUCCAGCCGCCCCCGCGGCCGCCGGGGGGCCAGCGCUCAGCCCCGUGCCACCUGUGGUCCACCUGACCCUGCGACAGGCGGGCGAUGACUUCUCCCGUCGCUACCGCCGCGAUUUCGCAGAGAUGUCCAGCCAGCUGCACCUGACGCCCUUCACCGCGAGGGGACGCUUUGCCACGGUGGUGGAGGAGCUCUUCAGGGAUGGAGUGAACUGGGGAAGGAUUGUGGCCUUCUUUGAGUUCGGUGGAGUCAUGUGUGUGGAGAGCGUCAACCGGGAGAUGUCGCCCCUGGUGGACAACAUCGCCCUGUGGAUGACAGAGUACCUGAACCGGCACCUGCACACCUGGAUCCAGGAUAACGGAGGCUGGCAGUCCCGGGAGGUUGGCACGGUUUUACUAUCUUUCAGAUGAGGUUUGGAGACGUGACUGGUUAUAGCUGCUUCGGUGGUUGAGCUGGGAUUUGAACCCAGGCAUCUGCAGGGUACUUGGUGCUCUUAGUCACAGUACUUUGUUGCCUGUCUUCUUCUGGAGCUUGCAGGAAGCCGCUUCGAUCGAGGCCCCAGAAGCAAUGACUCGGGCAGAUAUGAGCAGCGGCAGGAUGCAGAAAAGCCUGUUUAGGAAACCAUUUAUCUGACGUAGACAUACCAUCUGAGAUGACCUCGGAGGAAUAACAAUGGCCAUAAUAACAGCACCGCAGUCUUUACCCUGGCAUAAGAAACCUGUUUUGUAAUGAAAAUGGAAUUUUUCUGGGAAAUAGUCCUAGAAAGAGAUAGGCAGUCGAGAUAAAUUAACAAAAUGUAAGCUGUAGCACGUCGUGUUCUCUGUGUUUUUUCUUCCACCCUCACCUUCUCUGUUGUGUCCUUUACUCUGUGCACUUGCCAUCUGUAGAUUGGGCCACUGGGUCACAAAGGAAGAGAGGGAUGUGUGUGCACCCAGAGGCAGAUGCACUUCACCUUGGGUCUGCCCCUCGACAUACCUGGCUGGCUAGGAGAAGGGUCCUUUAGGGUAAGCAUUGCAUUUGGGGUGGAGGCCUGUGGCUUUCUGGAAUGAAGGGUGGUGAGUUGGUUUCCCAGGUGGCCCACGGGCAGACAUUGAGCUCCAAGGUGUUCAGGUGUGUGUGCCGUCAUGGAUCAUUACAGCCCAACCAAAGCUGUGUUUUCAUGUCACAGGUCAGAGUCAUAUAAAAUAAACUCUUGUCAUAACAAAGGAUGUGGCCGCCAGAUUACAUCUGAGUUUGCCCCUGAGGACUCUGAUUUUCAUGUCAAUGUGGGGAAGGGAUUCCAUUUUUAUGCUGAUUCUAAUUGGGGGUCUGUCUUGCUCUACCCCCCUCAUAAAUGGUGAUAAAUAGUGGUGGCCAUAGCAGCGAGGAAGGAGAAAGAGUGGGGACUGGAAACCCAGCCAAGAUCUUUUGGCUCCAAUUUUAUGCAAAUUCGCUGAAUAGCAUGCAGAUGAUUUCACAGUAGUACGGGGACCCAGGGACAAGUGCUCAUCUGUUUCCAGCAGCCUCCCUGGGCUUUCGACAGUGGCCACUAUAGAGGCCAGGACAAGUCCACAGUGAGGCAGGUUAAAGAUGGUUUGGUGAGGAAUGGUCACUCCAUCAGCAGACGCCAUGCUUAGAAUUUCAUCAUGACCAGCAGCUUGCCUUUCAGCAGCCUGCCAGUCAAGAUUUCUAUGUUUUGAGAACAAAACAAGGUCAACAGAGAGAGAGAGACCUGAUGUUUUUUGUUCCUCCUCUUGUCCCAAAGAUGUUUCAUGGUACAAGGCUAUCUCCGUACACCUAAGCAUCCCACACAUAUUGAUUGGGCAUUGACUCAUUAUAGGGCUCUGUGCGAGGCAUGGAAGAAGGGCUCAUGCAUCAUCCAUACACUGUGUCUAAAAUCUGUACUGUCCAGUAUGGUAGCCACUAGCCCAUGUGGCUAUGGGGCACAUGAUAUAUGGCUAGUCCAGUGGACUAUGAUUGGAAUGUAAAAUACACACCAGGUUUCAAAGACUUAGUAUAAAAAGAUGAAUGCAAAUAUUUUAUUAGUAAUUUUUGUUAAUUGCAUGUGGAAAUGAUAUUUUUCAAUAUAUUGGUUUAAAUAAAAUAAAUGCGGCCACCUGGAAACUUAAACUUACAUGUGUGACUCACAUGAUAUUUCUGUUGGGCAGCGCUGGUUUAGACUGCUAACCAUUUUUUGCACUGUGGUCACCUUUUUAUUCCCAUAUUUAGAUAUAAUAAGAGGGUAGAAAGAUCUUUCUUUUUUGCAUAGAUGGGGUAGAGUUAAGACAGCUUCAUGGCAUCGUGUCAUUCACUUCCAGGUUCUUGUUGAUGCUGUUGUUGGUCCAGUGAGGUAGACAGGGAAGGGCUGGCCACAUAUGUGCAGGUGAGUAUGCUGAGGUAUUAGAAGGGAGCUUGCCCACCUGCUCUAUGGGUUAGAGCCGGGAGUAGAAUUUCAGAGUUUUGACUUCUAGUCCACUUCUGUUAGAAAUAUACUAAUAAUUACCCAUGGAAAUAUUUGUUUGUGUUUUUGUACCAAAAGAUAAUAGGACAGAGUCCCCUUUAGAAGUAAAUAUUUAUAUGUGUUUAUGUAUUAAAUGGACACAAGCAUGUCCUGCAGCUGGCUAAUGUGACACAUUCACCAAAAACUGUAGCUGAUUUUCAACGAAAAGGUUUGACUCACGUUGAAAUUUUAGAACCAUCAGAUCAAGGUCAGGCUUGGGUGGUAGGCAUGUUGCCAUGACAAGGAUGUUUCUUCUGUUGGGAGUCAGUUAUUGUCAUGUAAAAUUCUUGGCAUCAUGAAGCAAGGUUGGUGGAUCUCACCUGUCAGAAAGGCCUGAGAUUGAGGUUAGUCCCCCACUGGGUGGACGGAUGAGGCAGGUACCCUGGACCAAAGAGGCAAGGGAUCAGAUCCAGGAAGUCAGCACUGAGUUGUUUUAUUUAUAACACUUCUAACACCAGAGGUGUUACACCAACAGCCAGUUCUCCAACUCUCUGCCUGUCAAUGGGGUGUCCUGUAAUUUAAUUCGAUUUUGACACUAACUACCUGGCGUUAGCGUCAGACCCCACAAUUGAAGGGCUCAGCCCUACAAGACUGCCCCCACUUUAGAAACCAGUCAGAAGUCUGGGCCACUCAUACUUCUGACUAACCCGCUAUAAAUCUCAGGUUUCCAUGACCCCCUCCUCAUGUUAGAAUGGUUCACAGGACCCAGGAAAAUGCUUUACUUACUAUGACUGGUUUGUUAUAAAGGAUACAACUCAGAAAUAGCAAAAUGGAAGAGGUGCACAGGGCAAGGUAUGGAAGAAAGGUAUGGAACUCAUUAUCUUCUCAUCAUCUUGACCUGUUCACCCGUAGUUCAGGGGUUUUAAUGGAGGUUUCAUAAGGUAGGCACAAUUGAUCAAGACACUGGCCAAUGAUGAUCAAGACUCCAGUCCCUCAUCUCUCCCUGGAGGUAGGGAGGUAGGGUGUGGGGCCGAAAGUUCCAACCCUCCCAUCAUGCCUUGGUCUUUCUAGUGACCAGCCCCCAUCCUGAAGCUAACUAGGGAUGCAGGCCACCAGUCAUCUCAUUAGCAUACAGAAGACACCCAUCACUCUGGAGUGUCCAACAGUCCUAGAAGAUCUUAUGUUAGAAACUGGGAACCAAGACCAAAUAUAACAAAAAAUGCUCCUCUCACCCCUGUCACUCAGGAAAUGACAAGCAUUUUAGGAGCUCUGUGCCAACAACCAGAGUGAGAACCAGAUAUAUAUGUCUUAUUAUAUCCUAAUGUUACACCCAAUAUGGACAGAGGAUGGGGAGCUACUCUUCUAGGGGAGAAGAGAGAAGCUGUCAAGGUCAAGAAUAGGAGUUGGGCAUGGCAGGUGAGAUCAGCAUAGUAUUGCGGGCACUUAGGUCAAGGGCUUGAUUUGUAUCCUUCUAGCUCUCCCAGGAAUUUGCUGCUUGGUGCACAUCACACACCCCUGAGCCUCAGUGUCUUCAUCUGCAAACAAAGGAGUUGGGUUAGGGCAGUCUCUCAUGAGAACAAAUUUGUGAUUCUAUGAGUUUUGAAGGCCACAGAGGUAGCAAGAAUAGUAUUACCUAGCUAUCGGUGACAGCACAGGGAUUUGGUUCUUACUGCUGUCCUUUCUUCUAAUAUACUUGGGGGCAGUGAGAUUCAUGGUAAAUACCAUCAUUGGUCUGGACCGCUCAGUCGGCCCUGGUUGAGACAGGAGCUGGGUCUAGGAUUACCUUACAGCUGAGCCAAUACACAGGUAUUGUAGUAUAAUAUCUAAACACAUUUAGACUUGGUCUUUCUUGGCUCUCUCUGCUCUCCCUAUCCCUAUACUUCCUUGUUAUAAUUAUGUCUUAUUUUAUAUUUUGAGAGACUAAUGUUAUGCAGGCAGUAAUUCCCCCACAUUGAUCAUAUGCUUUCGUAAAUCACUGCUGUCCCCGAUUAUUUUCUCUGCUUUAUUCUUCCUAAAAAUUAAAAAGCCAUAGAUGAGUGAUAUACAAUUUUAACUACUUUUCCUUUGUAAAGUCUGUAUUUUUAUUGCUUUGAGUGGGUGUGGGAGAGACAGAAGUCCUCAGAUCUUGAGAUAGCUUUGUGUUUUGUAGAGAAACACCCAGGAACACAUUCAUUCCCCCACGAAGGGAUGCAGCCACCUCUUCAGCCUCAUUAUACCUUGCUGAGCUCUGAGAAACCUGGCAUCGUUUCUGUUGGAAUGAAAAGAUUGGCAGAGCUGCCCUAGACAAUAGUACUGUAAAACACUGUGGCAGAAGGUUUGGUCUACAUACCAAGGCAGCCGGAGCAUUAAUUGCAUUCUCUGAGAUCAGGAAAAAGGUGCCAAGUUAUUUUCUUCAUGUUUUAAGAAUGACAGGCUUUUGCUCUGCCAACUCAUAGCAUCGUGGCAUCACAUGGAAAGGAGAUGCUAGAUCUGAAAAAAAAAAAGUGUAGAAGUGAGAAGUGAAGAUGUCUGGUAGGCAGCUUGUUCUUAACAAAGAUCUAAGGACGAGCUGCUUCAUCAUUGGUACCUGUAGAUGACCAGGAGCAGAUGAGGAAGUGUAUGCAUAAAUGUGCAUGUUCUGUCAAAGCAUUUUUCAUUUUGAAAUAGUACUUUAAAUUUUGGAAUGGGACUUUUCAAGUUGCCGGCUACAGUGUGAUCCCAUUUUCCUUGGUGUGUGGACUAGAGAAAAGGCGGUAAUUUCUGUAUGUACUUAUUCUCCCCUUGGCCGUGAACAAACACGCACUCAUGACUAUUCCACAUAUCCAGGGUCCUCCAGACAUGCCAUGCAGCCAUGCUAUCCCCUGUUGUCCGACUGUCCCAUGCAGUCUUGCCUUUGAGCCUAUUGUUCCUUCCCCGGGAAUACACUCCCUUCACAACCCACCCUCACACACACCACCCUAACACAUGCACAUUUUCUUCCUGGUCACUCUCAUCUCUGAACCUGGGGAGGACAUGUCAUCAAGAACUGUUUGUAAUGACUUCACUAGGUUGGGCGGAUUGUGCCUGAAGCAGGUGUUUGCCUGUGUGUUGGGGGUUUUCCUGGGCUGAACAUUGUUAUUCGGUGUAGCACCUCACCCUCCCUUCACAGCCCCCAAAAAAGAGAAGUACAAACAUGGCUCAUGUUCAGGGUUUGAGUAUGUUUUGGUUUAAAAUGUUCAGUGGAUCAGAGAGCAUUUCAUUCCGGGCAGUGCCCCUGGAGAAGUGUUUUGAUUUCAUGUGAUAAAACCUCCUGUCCCCAUUCCCUCAUAUGGGGUGGGUGGUUGGGGGAGCAGCUGCUGAGAGCCUGGCUUGUCCCUGCAGGAAGGAGGGCUGGGUCCACCAGGACCUGGGGUCAUCCGAUGCACAUGUCCUGUUCACACGUGGUUUAGAGCCCAGUGUGACCUUCUGGGCUUUCCCCGUCAGAGCACACCUCCAACCCAGGUGAGGCUCCAGCAGCCACCAGGUUGUGGUACAAGAACUAUCACUGAUCUUACCUGUCGCCUGCAACAGGAGAAAGAUGCGCAGAUCAUGAAAAUCUGUCCUUAGGCCUGGUUUCCCACGGCACGCAGCAGAGUUCACUUUGCUCUCCUUGCGUGUGGUUAGAGAGCGCUGCGCUCACUCUGAAACCUCCUGCAGCAGAAGCCUUUGCUGAUGGUCCCUCCUCCCACCUACACACACACACCUGUUGCACCCACAGAAUCAAAGAGAACUGUGAGCCUUUCCUCAGUGUCCUAUCUUGUGGCUGAAGAACCAUUCAGUUAAGAUGUCGCUUGGUGAAAAUCGUCUUUCGUGGCCUUCUCUCAAAGACCGUUCAUCUGCUGCUGGUUUACAGGGCAACUGCCUGGGGCCACACAGUAACCCUCCCGUCAGUGUGAGCCCCACACUUUAGUGUCGGAAGGCAACUCCCAACCUUGGAGUGUGAGUGUGAGUGCAACACAGAAAGUUUGGGUUCGUUAUUAAGUAUAUUGCACAAUUCAGAAGGAAAGCCUUUCUAAAAUGUUGUAUCUUGUUUCAGUGUUCACCGUAGUGUAUUAGCUUGCCGUUCUUUUGUAUCUAGGAUGACCAUAAAAUUUAUCAUCCGGGCUGGGAGACGUGAGAGUGAAAAGUGGUGUUCCUAAUUAUUCCACGGGGCCAGCAGGGUAAACAAGAUGGUCCCAGGCAAGCUGGCCCCUAUGGUAGUAAUCUGGACAGAUCUUUCUUAUCUUUUUAGGGAUUGGGCAUGAUCAUGAUUAAUUUUUGGUUUUGUACUGGGUCCUCGCAUUUUUGUGAAAAACCAAAUAAGCUUUUUGUAGGUGCCUGUGUCAUUAUAAACCACUCUCCAAACACAUGCCCUGGAACCACUCUAAUCGCCCUGUCUAGUCUUUCCUUAGGUCUUAGCCAGACCCUGCGUUUCCACCCUCAUGAUGCACCCACAUUGCACUUUCUCACUGCACUGCUCUCCGUGAGCUCUGCACUGAUUUAAAAUGUCUUCCAGCCUUCUGGACUCUAAACGAACUUCCUUCCCAUGGGAUUCUUCUCUUUUAGAAAUUCAUUUUUUUGUUUAGGAGUCUAAGAAUAGGAUGAAGAGAUAUUAGCUAGAUUCUGCGUCUGUCUUAGUAAGGUUGCCUUCUAUCUUUCCUACAUGAGAAAGAAAUGCAUCUAAAUGUCCUUUCAGCAUUUAAAGAAAUUGUUGAAAAAAAAUACCCAUGACUACCUUGUUUGAUAGCGUGACUGAAGGGUUUCAAAUGAACUGAGUUACUCAGAGGUUCUUUGCUCACCUCUGUGCUGCAGACUGUGCUCUUUCCAGGGCUGUCACCGGUUGGAAUAGGCUUCUUUGGUUUCAACUGCAAACGCCAAAGAGGGCGGGAGCUCUGUCUGUUUUACUGUCUGUAAGUGAUGCCCGGGCAGGGCUGUGGACACCUAGUGAGUCUUGGUUUCCAUGCGAGCAAUGAUCUGUUGAAGAGCCUCUGGCUGUAGGUGACAAUAGCUGUCCACGUUCCCAUCAACACCGUCUUACGAGUCUUUGAUAAGAAGAGUGAUGACUUUUUUGAAAAAUGUAGAAUGAUUUUUUUUUUUUUACCACCAUGAACUUCCCGUCCAAGUAAUAAUUAUACAUAUUGGGGAUUAUUUAGAGAGUCUUUCAACAAAUAAAGAAGAAUGGAAACCAAGAAUGUGAUACUGGAAGAAAAUCAGCUUCAUCUUACGAAGGAACUCUUGAAAACCGUAUCCAAUUGUUGCUUUUGUGGCACUUUUCAAUCUGCAGCUAAAUUAGGCCACAGGAAAAGGACAGCGGCCAUCAAAGAGGCAGUGGAGUGGGCAGGGUUCUUUCUCUUUGUGGAAAACAGCUGUGGGUGCUGAGGGUAGAAGUCAGGCUUUGGUUCCACGCAAAGGUGGGAAGGUUUGGUCUUGAGACGCCGUCUCUCUUCUGUGGAGGAGUUCACAGCUGUGGUGCUGCCUUAUCAACAUCUCUGAGGCGUUUGAAAUGUGUUGAUAAAGACCUGGGAAGGAGAGACGGGCGGGAUGAGGGUGUGAGUAAGAAAGAAACAUUCAUCCUACACGGUGCUCAUAUCUCUUCUUGUUUUUGUAGCUGUGGUGACUGAAGGUUAAAUGAGCUAGGUUAUUCGUUUCCAUUGCCUUCUACCAAAUAGAAGUAUUUAUAUGAGUCCUUCAUUAUUUUAUUCCCACUGAGUGAAACUUGAGUUAAGCCUGGGAGAGGAGAAUUGUCUGAAACAAUAGGUGUAUUCCCUCUUCUCGCCUGUGUUCUCUCUCUCUCUCUCUCUUUCUCUCUCUCUCGGAAUUCCAACAAGUUGAGCUCCCCUUCUUAUGAAUGAGGUGUUUUCUUUACUUCAAGUUAAAAACCAGCUUUAGGCAUUCUCUUUUGCUUUGAAAAACAUGUUCUGGGGGAAUAUGUUGAGUAAAUGGUUUGGAGGGCCCUUUAAUACUUACUGUUUACUCUGUCUCCUUCUCCAUCCUCACAGCCUCAAUAUCACCUAUAUGCAGCUGAUUCUCAAAUGGGUAUUUCUACAAACUCCUGUCCUGCUUCUAUACUAUCCUAUCUUUCCACCUGGAUUUCCUGCUGGCAGCUCAAAUGUAACAUACAAUCAAAAUAUUUAAUUCAGGACUAAACUCAUUAUCCCUCCAAAACUUUCCUUGGACUCAACAGUGUCUCUUCACAUCCCCACCAUUCUCCUGAUCACCCCGGCUCAAAACUCAGGAUGCAUUUUUACUGUUUCUGCUCACUCCCUAUGCAGGGAGACAAGAGCCCUGUCAUUUCUCCAUUCUUUCCUAAUCUUGCUGCCACCACCCUUGCUAAUUCUUGCCUAGGUGAUUUCAGUAACUAACUCCAGUUUCUCCUCGCUCCAGUUUACCUAUGCUUUGUAACAGAUUUGAUUAAAAUUCUUCCCUGGUUAAAAAGAAAAAAAAAAAAAAAAAAGGCUUA